AUGGAUUUCUUGUGCUGUCUCUGCGAUAAUGACCGCGCACCAGCUCUUUCGCCGAGUCACACCUACGGCGUUAUCACUGAGAAGCCAUCUUUUUACUCUCCCAUCCACCACACCGUUGAAGAAACCGCAGAUAAUGUUAUCGACAUUCUUCUUGCUGCAGAGAAGUCUGGACCACUACUGUCGGCGAAACUCGAUGACGCCGUCUUCGCCACAGGAUGGUCUGAAUGGCUUGCGAAAAACAUCCUGAAGAAAUUGGAGGAGGUGCUGAGGGAUGGCCGCGAGAAGAUGGGCCCGGCUAUGGCUGAAGCCUACGAUCAAGCAAGCAAGGCUGCGGAAAUAACCUUCACCGACUUAUUCGAAUACGUGAAAGAGCAUCCCGUCGAAAUUGCAGCCACAGUGUUGCUGUCGCUGCUUGCUUUUGGAGUCCUUGUGAGAUUGAUGCCGUUGGCCCUGGAACUUUUAGGUUUCGGCGAGCUUGGCCCGUCUGCUGGUGAGUUCUAUGGUCUAUUGAAUUGA